GCAUGAGUGAUCACACGCUACUGCAACGCUCAAGAAAUCCCAACUUGUCCUCUCUCUCUCUCUCUCUCUCUCUCUCUAAAAACUACAUUAUAUAUCUAUCAUCAUCACACACAAACCAUAGAUAAUAUAGAGAUAAUACAACCUACAUUUUCUUCCAUUCCCUCCCUAAUUACAUCAAACCCUUUUUACUGUGGCGAGAAUUUUCAGAAUGGUGGUAGCUGCAGGUUCGAAGUUCAGUUUAAGAAGAGGAAACAGUGGUUCAUGUUCUUCUAAUAAUGUUGUUAUCAAUGAAGAACUUUCUAGAAUUAAUAACAAAAGUGCUUGUUUUUCUCAAGACCCUUCUUGUGUUUCAUUCACUACUUUUAAUAUCCUUGCUCCUAUUUACAAAAGGAUUGAUCCACAGAAUCAAGGACUCAGAGAAAGUGACUUCAGAUCACGUUGGUUAGCUAGGAAUCAAAGGAUUCUUGAUUCAUUGCUUUCUGAAUCGUCUUCCAUUAUGUGCUUACAGGAAUUUUGGGUUGGAAAUGAAGAACUUGUUCAAAUGUUUGAGGAGAGACUUGGGGAUGCUGGUUAUCAACUUUUCAAACUUGCUCGAACCAACAACCGCGGAGAUGGUCUGCUGACUGCUAUACAUAAAGAAUACUUAAGUAUUGUGAAUUAUCAAGAGUUGCUUUUCAAUGAUUGCGGUGACCGUGUUGCUCAGUUGUUGCAUGUUCGAUCAGUUAAUCCCAUUUUACAAAACCAAAAGGACAGUGUUCACCAAGAGUUUCUGAUUGUGAAUACUCACUUGCUAUUUCCACAUGAUUCAAGUCUGUGUAUAGUGAGAUUGGAUCAGGUUUAUCAAAUAUUAAAAUAUGUGGAACAGUAUCAGAAAGAAAACAGACUCAAACCAAUGCCUAUUAUACUCUGCGGUGACUGGAACGGAAGCAAGCGUGGGCAUGUUUACAAGUUCCUAAGGUCACAGGGAUUUGUAUCAUCAUAUGAUAUUGCAAAUCAAUAUACUGAUAGUUAUGCAGAUGCACACAAGCAGUGGGUUAGUCACAGAAAUCAUAGAGGAAAUAUAUGUGGCGUUGACUUCAUUUGGCUUUGCAAUCCUAACCAAGCGCGUAAGCCUUUGAAAACAAGUUGGUCUGAAGCUGUAUUCAGUAUACUGAAGUUCCAGCUUCGAAAGGCAUCAUUGUCUGAAGAUGAUGCAUUUACCUUUCUGAAGGGUGACAACUAUGCUGAUUCUUCUGUGACAUAUUUUAGUUUUUCUGAAGCCCUCCGUCAGGUAAAGUUAUUUGGCGUGCCUUAUGGAUUACGCUUUCAACAGUUGCAAGAUCUAUGGAAUCAAGCUGAUGUAGAUGGAAAUGGUGUCAUCGACUUCGAAGAAUUCAAGCAAAAGAUUUGGAAUUCUACAUGUUCAGAGCAUGUGUAUGAAAAUGUCAAUGUGUACGUGAAGGAUUCUAAUACUGAGCAGGAGCAAGAAACCAUUGGUUUUAAGGUGAAGAACGCGAUGUUGUUUCCGCGUGAAGUGGAGAAAGGACUUUGGCCUGAAGAUUACUCUCUUUCUGAUCAUGCUAGGUUGACUGCUGUAUUUUCACCGGCAAAGAUGUCAUGUUCUUCAUUAUAAGGAUUAGAGACCAGUGGUUUACCAAUGGAAUUAUUGUCGAAUCGCUAAUUUAGUUAGCGUCUGGUUUUGAUUCCAUAGCAAUCGAUUAUUCGGUCUCUAAUAGAUGUUUUUCUAGUAGUGAUAGGCCAUAUUGGAACAUUUGUUUCUCUAAAUGUUCACUUUUAGUAUAAAUUUGAAUAUCGGGGUAAAAAUGGAAAUGAAAAAUUCAUGGAUGAGGAUGAGCCUUCAAUACAAUUUUACAAAGUUAAAACUAAUAAUUUUCCAUUUCCAUUUUUAUCCCUCAUACCAAAUGUGUCAUUAGUUUGUCCUGUAAAUGAGCGUGUGAAGUCAGAGUAGUGUAUAAUUGUAAUUAAGGGGACACUUAUGGUACACUCGUUUUUUAUUGGUGUAUGGAUUCUUCGUAUGUUUAAUCCGUUAAACUGGUUUAUCAAUUUUAGGAUUAUACCAAUCUAACGUCUUAAACAUACGCAAUAUUUUAUAUACCAAUAAUACCUUACAGAUGCACCAUAACUGCCACCCAGUAAUCAGUUUUGGUAAGCCCUAGCCAUGUUUUUAUUUUGGCAGUGGGAGAACAAUUCAAAGAUACUUUUGCAGUAUCACAAAUGGUUAUGUUUCUGUUUAAUUUA